UUUUACAGCUUUCUAUUAACAGUAUUAAAUAUAUAGAGUUAGGUGGAGUAUAUGACGUUUAGAAACUAGGCUACUUCAGCCACAUAAAAUGUCAUUCUUUCGGAAGAUUCUUCGCCUUGGCCAAGAAGAGCCAAAAAGGAAGGUAUAUGCUAAUAUAAAACGAGGAGAAAAUCCUGAACUGGUAUGGGAUACUGUAGGAGAACUUGGCGAUGGAGCUUUUGGAAAGGUUUAUAAGGCCAAAAACAAGACCACUGGAAACUUUGCUGCUGCAAAAGUUAUCGAGACUAGGAAUGAAGAAGAAUUGGCUGACUAUAAUGUUGAGAUCGAUAUUCUUGCGGCAUGUAAUUCGGAAUAUAUUGUUCAGCUUAUGGAUGCUUAUUUUUUUGAAAUGAAACUAUGGGUGUUGAUAGAGUUUUGUGAUGGUGGAGCUCUGGAUUCUAUCAUGUUAGAACUUGACAGAGGUCUUGAAGAAAACCAAAUUAAAGUGGUGUGUCAUCAAACAUGUCUCUCUCUGCAAUAUUUACAUCAAAACAAAAUCAUUCACCGAGAUCUGAAAGCCGGAAAUAUACUUUUAACAACUGAAGGAAAAGUAAAACUAGCUGAUUUUGGUGUCUCAGCUCAAAAUGAUCAACUAGAACAAACUCGAGAUACAUUCAUCGGUACACCAUAUUGGAUGGCCCCUGAAGUUGUCAUGUGCGAAACAUUCAAAGAUAACCCUUAUUCAUAUCUGUGUGAUGUUUGGUCUCUCGGUAUCACUCUUAUUGAGCUUGCUGAGAUGGAACCUCCUCAUCACGAACUCAAUCCUGUUCGAGUACUUCUUCGUAUCGCUAAAUCUGGACCUCCUACAUUGAUGGCAACUUCCAGAUGGUCUAAAGACUUUCACAACUUCCUUGAGCGAUGUCUCGUAAAAGAGCCUGACAAACGUGCGACGAUGCGUGAAGUUCUGGCUCAUCCUUUCAUAGAUAUGUCUACAUUGAAGGAUACACCUGAACGUAUUAUAAUAAAACUAGUUGCGGAAGCAAAAGCUGAAGUCGUAGAAACUGAAGAAGAAAUAUCCAGCAAUGGAAGAGACAGUCCGUCAAAUAUAUCAAGCAGAUUUUCAACUUAUAGUUUGGAUCCAGCAUCUUCUGAAGAAUCUCCGAGCACUCCCACUCUUACAUCACCUGAUUCAACUAUUUCUGAAAAAGCUGAUGAAAGGUCCAAAGUUAUUGAAGAAAAAAUACUUGGUCCUGCUCCUGUUCAAUCUACGAUUGAAACCACAAAAGAUGUUACCAAUAAAGACACACAACCUGCAUCAGAUCUAGUAAACAAAGAAAACAAAAAUAAUAAGAUUGAAACAGCUGUCUUGUCGUUAUCAAAACAUGACUCUCGCGCAUCCGAAUCAUCUGACGAAGGUCUCGGAUCGAACGUUGAAGACAAAAGCAGCAGCGACUCGUCAGAUAAAAACGAUGUUGAAUCUGUCGCGUCAUCCGGUAUUGUAGUAAAAGUUGAAUCAGAAGACGGCGACCAUUUAUCCGACGGACCAUCACCCGUUCAUACUGUAUCAAAAGGUUUAGCAGCCGAAGCGGAAGACCGUAUCACUGAUCUUAAAGAAAAUGACCGAGCUGAAGUUAGUACGAGCAUGUCGACGACAAACGCAACAUCUUUGGUUAAUGGCAAUGCUUCGACCUCAGUUUCAAAAUCAAAUUUUACCAUUACAACCUUUAAUUCCGCUGUUGAGCUUGAAGAUAGCAGCACAUCAGUAAAGCAACAGAUAAAAGAGUUUGAAGCGACAAAAUCAAUACCGUUUAGAUCAGAUUCUAAUAAUGUAGUAGAGCAAGAUAGUGUAACGACCAAUCAGCAAGGAAAGAAAACCCCGCCCCCAGUUAGCCCCAAAAGAGGUACGUCAUUCCUUAUGAGAAAUAAGAUAUUAGAAAACGCAGCUAAAGUCGCUAAUUCGAAUAAAGACACAAAGCCGAACGGUACUGAUGAAGAUUUAGCAGUCGGUAUGCUGGAUUUAGUUCUCAAUUCGUCUUCUGCCAACGUAAACGACAAAGACCAGUCAGUGGUUUCUAAAGAAGACACAACUGCUGAUACUCCUACUGACGAUACUCUCACUAGUCCUACUUUAACUCAGGGACCCAGCACACCUAUUGCACCUUUUCCACCAUCUCCAAUGCUAGUAGAGAAAUCCUCUCUUUCGAAUAAUAAUAACAAAGCACAUUUGUCUGUUCUGGCACACAGCAGCACAACUAGCGAAAGACUGGACAACCAGUCUGUGCACUCGUCCGAUAGUGGCAGUGUGCUGACACUAGACAGCGAACCUUCACUGCUCUCCAGUAGCGCCACGUCAAUGGAAAAACCUUCAAGAUCAAGUGCGGCGAGCACUGACAGACGAACUUCAGAUGAAGUAGAGGUUUAUGAUGCGGGAUUUGCGCUUUAUCGUACCCCUUCUCGUCGGAGUUUAACCAACACACUCAAAAUCGUAUUCGAAGAAGCCCUAAAUUAUAUUCCGAGGCGGGCAAAACGUCAACGUAAAACGCUUCGCAAAACUCGGAGAUUUAUGGUCGAUGGAGUUCAAAUGCAAGUUACAACUACGAAGGAAACGACCGCCGCUGAUUUAGAGAAUCAACAAGAAAGACGAUAUUUACGGCGGCAGGAGUUACAAGAGCUUCGUAAACUACAACAUGAUGAACAAAGACAACUUGCUCAAUUGAAUCAAAAACUUGCAGCUCAACUUGAACAAAUGGUCACUAGAUUUGAACAAGACAUGGCUAUGUUGAAGAGAAAGUAUUCAUCAGAAGUUGAUACGUUGGAAAAAUCUCAAAAACAACAAAUCGAUAGAUUAGAACAAUAUCAAGAUAAUGAAAGAAAACAAACUAUAACAGAUUUGAGAAAAGAUCAAGACAAAGAAAGGAAACGAUACAUGGAAAACCUCCGACAAGAACAAAAACAACUGAAAAUAGAGCUUGAUAGUUUACCUAAACAACAACGUAAAGAAUUAUCUAAACAGAGAAAAGAAGAACUCGACGCUCAUCAAAGAUAUAAGGAGAAAUCGUUCCUCGCUCAACAAGCUGAAACAAUGCAUAUGACGAUGCGAAGUCUGCAUGAAAAACAUAAACGUGAUGUUGCUGCGACAGAAAAAGCAUUUUUACUCAGCAAACAGGAUUUACUAAGAACGCGAGAGGCGGCAAUAUGGGAAUUAGAAGAGCGUCAUCUGCAUGAACGUCAUCAAACAACAAAACAGCAAUUGAAAGAUCUUUAUCAUUUACAGAGACAUCAACUUGUUCAGAGACACGACAAGGAACAAGAUCAAAUGCUUCGUUACAAUAAACGACUCGAGGAAGAACUCGUAACGAAACAUAGACAAGAGAAACUGAGACUUCCUAAAAUACAGAGAAGUGAAGGAAAAACUCGAAUGAAUAUGUUCAAGAAAAGCUUACGAUUAAGUACACAAGCUGUCGAGAAUGAAAAAGAGAAGAUUAGAAAUUUCUCUGUAAACGAGACCAAACGUCAAAAACAAGAGAAAUUGAAAAUGGCACUCAAGCAAGAACAACAGUUGAAAGAAUUGGAAGCUCAGUGCGAUAAUAACACAACAGAAUUACGCAGUCUGCAGAAUGAAAAACGUAAACUUCUUGUUGAGCAUGAAUCAGAAAAAUUGAAAGCACUCGACGGAAAUUUCUCCAUGGAACUCCAAACAUGGAAAGAUCAACUUCGGCCACGAAAGAAGCAUCUGGAGAGCCAGUUGGAGACGGAAGGCCAAAAAAUUGAGGAAGAAAACCGACACAGGAAAGCAUGGAGAUAUCAGAAAAUAGAAAAGGAAGAGGGAGUCGUUCCACCUGCUCCUGGGGCUGAUUCCCCCUCUAUUAAAAAACGCACGAGUACAACUCGACGCCGUGCGAUCGUAUCUUCUUCUUCGUCUACCACAGACGCCGAUGCGACAAGUUUAGAUAGUCAAAGAUCUGGGUCAAAUAUUUCAAAUGACGACGUCAUUUCUAUCAGUAGUGCAAAAGAAGAUAGUCCCGCUAACGUAUCCGCAAAUACUCUGUCUCCGGAACCAACGUCACCCACACGAUCUAGUAGCGGGUCGUCAUUGAAGCUACUGUCUCCGACAAAGGGCAAAGGUCACAGUCGUUCUCCUUCAGAGGCUUCUUCCCACAGCACAACGUCUUCAACUACAGGAGAGAAUAAUCAGCAUGUGAUCCCAAGGAAAGAAAAAUCACACCAUCGGCUCAAAUGGUACUGGAGGAGGAGUUCGGGCACCAAUUGGCCAAUCAAGAAAGAGUCUACAAUAUCACACCAGCCCCUACAGCAGUCGUCAGCACGCAUGAACCGGUCUUCGAUGCCACCAAUAACAUAAGAGCGUCUUCACCGGGACCACAGCAACCUACCAUACCUGAAGAAACAUUACCUGAUAGACAUACUAUACCUAGAGUAACAAAACUAUACAAACUAUAACGUAAUUGAAAGUAUUCGUUUGAAAGUAUUUGCGUAUAUGCAAGGACAUUAGCGAGGUUUGUGGGAGUACUUUGGAAAAUGAAAGAUUCAAAUUAAUUUUUUUUGUACGUUGUCGUCAAGACAAACUCUCAUUAAUUAGAGACCUACUCUUCAUUCUCCUCAACCAUUUUGGGUAUAUUUGAUUUAAUUCAAAACUCCACAUUACUAAUACUGUAUGUCAAAAUAUCAUAAAAGUGAAGAAAUAAAUUAUCUUAGUACUUAUCUGUUUACAUUACUCUUGAAAUGGUAUUACCUUUCUAGAAAAAAAUAAGUAUCUUGAAGGAAGAAAAAAAUGUUCCACUGUUUCAUGGUGGUGUAGCAAUCAUGCAUGCCACACUCUGCAGCGGUGCUCUAUGAACAGAGAUCAUGUACAAUCGUUUUUCUGAACAUGAAUAAUGCCUAAAAUGCAUAUAUAACUAUUUUUACUUCUUAAGCAAGGAGAUGUUCUUUAAAUGUUGAAAUAUUUCAUGAUGUUGACUAUGACCAUGUAUGCUCAUAUACUCAUAUACUCAGCUAUAUACAGAGUCAUGUACAUAUCAUUGUUAAAUGCAUGGCUAAUUAUAUUCUUUUACCUGUCGGCUUCCACAUUUGUUUUCAAUUAUUUGAAAAUUUCGCAUGCCCAACUUUAUUAGUUUCAUUCAUAUCGCUCAAUUCUGAAAGUUUUUUUUUGUCCGAAAAUUGAAAUGAAUUACAUCUUUCAAGUAAGGCUUGAUCUUUGAUAUUAUUUCAUUCUUGUUCAUUCAACUGACUCAUCAUUAAUAUUUCCAGUUGGACUGAUAAUCAGAUUGUACUUUGCUUGAUGUUGGUCGUCCAGCUGUAACAGAGCAUUGCUGGUGAUUUUGUUUUGUUUUUCAAAGUAACAAAUUUCCACAAUUUUUUGUCACUUUUUUUUAAUACAUGUUAUACGCUACACGAUUGUGAAGAACAAACUUUAUUUCAAUUUUCAAAUUUGCUCAUUUAGAAUUGAAUUUUUCUGUUAGAUGCUUUACAAAAAUGAGACUCAAAUUUUAGACGGCCAAAGAAAUUUUUUUUCCGCAAACAAUUCUAUAAUUUUUUUUAUUUCUAUGGGAUUUGAGUUUUGAAAUUAAAAAAAAUGUUACGGCAUAAUUAAUAAACAAAUAAUUCUUGAUUUAGUUACCUGUAUUCGUAUUGAUCCUAAAAUGAAAUUGAAUUUUGUAAUAAUCGGUCAUUAUAAUGAUGCAUAACUGUUCGGAAAAAUUUGCAUAGAAAAACUACCAGAUUAUAAAUUUACAAUUAUUAAUUCCUACUCUCAAGCUUUUUUAUAACGAAAGAAUUUUCAAAUAUAUGUUUAUCAAAUUAUUACUCAAGUGUCAGUUUAAUAUAUUGUAACCACGUUUCAUAUCUUAUUUAUAUUAGUUCAUCACGGUCAAUGAAUCUGCAAUUGUUCUUAUUUACUAAUUUCCUCAACCAGAAUAAAGCAAUGUGUAUAAAACCAAGUUUUGUUUUUGGCUUUUCUUACUCUUCAGUGUUUGUUUUUGUAAACAAUCCAUAUCUGAUUGUUUUCAACUUUCUUCGACCAUUUUUUGUUGGUUUUCAAUGAUUUUACUUGAAAUGUGGUCAAUAAACGCAUAAAGUUUGUUAUAGAAUUAGAUGUAUUACUCAUAUACUUAUUUUUUAAUAGCAUUGUAAUUGAAACUAGGGCACUCCCAGAAGUAUGUGUACCAAUAUAGAGGUAACUAAUUUUGUUCGCCUACUUUACAUCAAGUUGUAUAAAGGGACUGAAGCCUAUGGACAGGGGGUAUAUUCACUUGGCUGACACAAACAGUCCCGAACUCGUAAUAAAACUAAAAUAGGAAAAAUCAGAAUAAAAUCAUGGCCUAACCUGGUACACAUACUUCGGGAGUGCCAAAACUAGUAGUAAACAAAAUGUCAUAGAGAUAUUCGCCAAAUUCGAACCCCAGCUAUCGUCUCUGGUUGUAAUCCCAUAACUCGCUCUUUUUCAUCCUUGUUUUUUAUCUCAUUAUUUUCACUUCUUCUGUACUUUUUUUUUUGUGCAAUUUUUCUCUCAAAAGUAUAACCUGCUGCUGCCUUUAGAAUAUUAUUGCUCUGCAUGUUCUCUUCUAUCAAUUAGGAUCAAAUGAUGAUACGGUAUUUAAUAUAUAUAAUAAUGAAAGACAGCAUUAUUUAGUAUUGAUGCCUUUUGAUUUAAAUUAUACUUUUUGUAUUGAAAAAUAAAAUGUUUUCUCCUGUGAUUAUGGUUGGCUUUACCCUAUUUUGGCCAACGAAUUGGUUUGUUUUUCUGUAUUCCAAAUUUCUUUGAUUUUUUACACUUGUAGAUUCAAUUCAGCAGUUCAGCAUUCAAUUCUGACUGUUUUGUUUUUUUCAAUUUCGUCUAUUCAAUUCAGCAUGGUAUUUCAUUCCUUGCUUUUCCUGUAUUAGCAAUUUAAUUUGAAUUUUCUGUUUUUUACUCUAGUAUUGGCGGCAUGGAUUUUUCGGCAUUUGAAAUUUCUAAUCAUUAAAAUUCCAUUUCAAUUGGUUCAGUAUGUUCAGCAUUUCAGUGGAAUAUUAACCAAUUGGAACUGAAUUUUACCCCUUUUGCCUUGGCUGAAAAUAGAAUGAAUUUAAUUUGUAAAUUCGUUUC